GCAGAGUGACGUCGCGUGACGGAAGGAUCAGAUCAAUUUUACUUUCACUUUGCUCAGCAAAGGUUUCACGUCCACCUGGCAGACGCAUUUGUCCAAAAACUAUUUAUAUAUGAUUAUAUGAUAAUGUAUUUAUAGGCUAAAUACACUAUCUACAAUUCAGGGGGUACUGUAUGACACAAAAGCUUCGCCAGUUUCUCCAAAUAAACGGUGAUGUCAACAUGGACCCGAUGGUUAUCGAAGUUGAUGGGAUUCCCGAUGUUCUCCCUUAUGAACAAAUGGUUGAUCAGUUAAAGAUGCAUUUUCUGAGGCGCAGUAACCAUGGCGACGACGUUUUAAUGGCGCUUUAUCCCACCUCCAUUCGAGGGCAAGCCUACAUCGUCUUUGAAUCAGCUGACGCUUUUGGAGUCUUGGAGCACCCCCAUGUUUUGAAACUAGAGGACAGAUGUUUCCCGCUUCGUGUGAAAAGAGCUGUUUUGUCUCAGAUUGACAUGAAUGCAGAAGCCACACUGAAUAUAAACAAGUUCCAAAGGCAAACGGAAGUCCUGCAGCUCUUUGACUUGUAUGGCUUUGAGGUUACAAAACUGAGUCAUGAUCAAUUCCUCUUAAAGGGCUCCUUCCUCAAGCUGAAGCUCCUGCGAACCCGCCUCAUCCAGCUUCUCGUCCAGGACCUGCAGCCUGACAACAGGUCAAACUCAGCUCUUCUCAAGGACUACAGUUCAGGGCAUGUCUCUAAAACAGUGCUUCAUAGUUUAGAGCCCAGAGAUGUACCCAAGUCCACAUACAAAUUUGUCAGUGCUGGCAUUGGAAACGGUACGGAAGCCAAGAGCUGGAACUCCUCGGCUGGGGCUUCGCCAACCAGCCUUCUCAUCCCAAAACCCACAUCCACCCAGCCUUCCAAUCCCAAAGCCCCUAUCCCAAAACCUGCAUGUGUUCCAUAUAGCUCAUCAACGUUAUAUGGAAAUUCAGGCUCAGGAACAUCCCCAAGAAGUCUUUCUAGCUCUUGUGAUGAUUCUUUAGCCAUUUCCCCCAGCAGCAGUAGUCUGAGGUCAUCCUACCGCCAAGAAGAGUUCGGCUAUCUAGUGGACACAGAUAUCCUAACCUAUGCAUUAACUCACAAACAGGACAGUGUUAAUCACAUAAAGAGGAUAAACAGUACAGAGAUGAGUUUCAAAGAUGAUGCAGGGCUUACAAUGGUUAUGUUUUGGGGAAAGAACCGUGAGAAAGCAGCAGCUAGAUUCCUGGACAUGAUUCAGCACCUAACUUCUUGUCUGCGCAUCCAAGAAAUAGAUCUGGCAAAGUAUGAUCACGAGCGACAAACACAGAUCUGGAAGAGGAUCCAGCAGUGUGAAGACCUAAACUGGGAUGUUGUAAUCAUGAAGGACGGGGACAUUAUAAAGGUGGUGGGAUCUUCAGUCAGAAGCUUUGAGAUGAAGCAGAUGUUACUGGGGCAGGAUGAUGAGCGUGGGCUCAGGGGCAGGAACAUGGAGAGGAGCACAGUACUCAGGAGAAGUUCCUCUCUACCCAGACAAUACAGAUUGAGUGGGCUUAGGGAUACUGAAGAAGGUGGCAGCCAUGCCUAUGAACUUCAGUCCAGUGUAACAAAAGGACACUCUUCUUUCCAGUAUCAAGAAGAACCUCAGAGAGGUGCAAUGCUGAAUUCUUUACGAGGCAGCCAGCACUCUCGCAUUAAGCAGACCAACAGGAACAGAAGCAGCUCAGAGGUUAGGAGUAAAAACUCGGUAACAAGGGACCAGCUGCAACAACAAGACAAGGUGCUGCCAUCUGGUGGAGAAACAAAGUCCAGAAAACCGGACAUGCCUGAGUUGAUAAAACAACUCGCAAAAGGUUCAAGUAAUACUUUUCGGGAUAUAAAACAAAAACUACACAAAAAUAAUAAUAAAUAAACAUAUGUUUGUUAAGGGCUAUUUGCAAGCUCUAAUUGCUGUCAAGUACAAAAAAGUUAUUAACAUCAUAAGUUGUUUUAAUAGGUCUUUGCUCAGCCAACCACAGGGACUGCCUUACUUCCUGUAGCGUUCAAUGAGAACGAUUUAUCUCUUCCUCAUUGACUUCUGCCGCUUUGAUAAUUACUGUCACUAUGGUAACCAACACAACAGGAACAAACUACAGGCAAACAACGCUGUAGCGCUACUAAAACCUUACGGGGACAAACAGUAACAGAAACACAAAUGUUAAUAUUAAAAUCAUUGUCUGUC